AUGCCGACCACACGGAGUCAGGCCAAGCUAUCCGAUACCAGCCCAACUCUCAACCAGGCUGUUCCUGGUCCCAUGAUCGAAUGGCUAGACUUGGACUUUUCAGAGACGUCACUUAUCAAGUCAACGAACUGGAGAGAUUGUCUGAAUGAGAUCCAAGCAGUCGAGGGAUGUUCCUCUAUCACUUUCGCAUGCCCCCUCGAAACGCCUAAUAGGCUAUGGAUUAUUAUUCAGUGGUUAUCAGAAACACACCGAAAUAACUUCCACAGAACAGAUCUAUUUGCCCAUAACGCUAAGACGACUCUUUAUAGCGACAUCGUCUAUUCUAUUUAUCGAGUUGACUACUCUAUUGGCAAAAUGAUCUCCGCGGGCUUCCCAUUUUCUCCCGAUCCAAGACAAAUCCACGAAGUCUGGAUGGUCUACUUUCCUGUCUACACGUUAGACGCUGAAAAGAAGCAAGAGCUUCAGCUGCCUACACUAUUGAAUUUCUACGAGAGAGACGAAGAGUCUAAUCCGAUGGCCGGGAUUGUUAGUCAGGAUAUUGCCUGGCUAUCUGGGGAGACCAAUUACCAAGGGGUGCAAUGCCAACGCCUUGUGUGGUUUAUGGAGUGGAAGUCCGAGGAGGCGGAAGAGCUCUACAAAUCGACUGUGCGAUGGGUUAGAGAGGAUGAGGGCAACGGCAAAUCCCGCAAGCCACAACUAACACUCGAUAUGUUCAUUGAGGACUUGAAGAGCCUUGGAAUGGUCGGGUAUGAGACGUGGCAUGCUCACUUUGAAGACAUCCGAGACGCGCUCGAUAGUGCUAGAUAG